ACGCAGGCUCAGAGUUCCCGCGCAUGCCCGUGGAGCCGCUCCGGGAAGGGCCGCGGUGACUUCUCGCGCGACCUGCCGCUGCCGAACGCGGGUGGUUUGAACGGCUGCAGCGCGCGGGCGCUCCCGUCGCUCCUCCCGGUUCACGCGAGCCCCAGCCUCCCGCGAACAGUAGUGGAAUAUGGCCUCUUCAGAUUUGGAAGAUUUAUGCUGCCACAUCAACACAAAGAUUUCAACUAUCAAAAAGACUCUUCAGUUAAGAAACAUGGGUCAGGAGCCAUCCUUGAAAUCUGUGCUCUGUAAAAUAGGGCAUGAGAUGUUUCUCCUCAGUGGUCUCCUGAAUAAAAUGGAAAUAGAAGUUGAGCAUCAAGAAAAACUAAAGAAUUCACUGAAGGAAAUGCAGGAGUCUAUUGAGAGGGACUAUAAUGAAGCACAGCACCUCCGUGAAAAUAUUCCUCCCCAUCUGCCCAAAGCAAUCCCAAAGUGCACUGUGGGACUAACUGUGAAGUCUGAAGAACAAAGUAAAGUUGCAGAACCUGAAUGUGUAAAGAAACCCACGAAAGAGCCAAAAUUUAUUAAAGAAGCCCCUUUAAUAACAGCACAGGAAUUUGAAGGUGUUCCUGCGUACAUGCGGGGUCGUUUAACAUAUGAUCAAAUUAAUGGAGUUGUUCAAGAUUUGAAUAAAGCAGUGGUUAGCAAGUAUAAGAUCUUACAUCAGCCAAUGAAAUCUAUGAGCUCUGCUGUCAGAAAUCUCUACCACAGAUUCCUGGAAGAAGAAACCAAGGAUACUAAAGGAGACAAGCUGACAACAUGUCUGCCUCAUGAAAGGAGAGUCACGGUGAACGUGACUAUAAAGUGCUGCAAGGAUUUGGGUGAAUUUUUUGUCGUGGAGGCUGAUAUAAAAGACUUCACACAACUGAAGGUGGAUAAGCGCUUUCACAGCAUUCUGAACAUCCUCCGGCAUUGCCACAGAGUGCGGGAAGUCCGUGGUGCACGACUCGUCCGUUACGUUAUCUGCUAAUAUGGUUUUGGACUUGAUUUUGCCCAGGUUGAAGGGCAUAAAUAUUUUGUUAGGCAUAAGAAUGUUUGCCUUCAGAAAGUCAGAGGACACUAUACAUAGAAAUUCCCUACUCGGCUAAUUUAUUUUCUAAAUGACAGAAAUGAUGAACAAAUGCCUAACUCAUUGAUCAGGCAUCCACUUUGAAUUACAAGUCUGCUUUCAUGUGCAUUCAUUCUCCAGGAUUAGAAACAUCUGAUGGUCCUGAAAUGUUUAAAGUUGUUUUGAUUUGAAUUGUUGAGUUAGGCUACUGUUUGAUUCUGGUGUCUUGUACUGGCCUUUGCUCCCAUUAUAAAUAACCGAUCCAAUGUAGAAAUGAAUGUAAUUGACACCCCGGUGGUUGCAGUGGUUUCAUGAGGUUGUCAGGUAAAGAUGUUUUAGCCACCCUACAAGUGGUGGCCAGAAAAGCUGCAUUCUCAGCAGUGUAAUACUGCUUUUGUGUUUAUAAAAUGGAGAUUGUCUUUAACAAUGGGUAAUUGUUUGGGGGUAUGCAUUUCAUUUUGUUAAUGCAUCAAAUUGAUUUCCACUCUUCUACUUUUUGUACAAUCUUUUUCUUCUAAUCCUAAAAUUAUAGUUGGGGUUUCCAAAAUGAGCCAGGCAUGCAGCUCUGAGGUGGAUAAAUGCUUCCAAACAUGAUGAUGAUGGUUCUAUAAUCUACUGGUUUUUCACAUUUCAUCAGUCAGAUUUCUUCUUCAGUCCAACCCAUUUAAUCAAAACAAAUACUAGAACCAUGAUAAUGUAACUGAAAUUUUUGCUUCCAUUUUGAAAAUAUUUAACAUUGACAGCUCUUAUUCUAGAACAUUGCUUACCCACUAGCUUCCAUAUAACCAAUCUUAGAAUAGAUUUGUUUUUGCAAUAAAUUCCAAUGUUGCAGGCAGUUAAAGAUGUUUUUAUAUGACAAAAGUUUUGACAAAGGUUAUUUUCCUUCCUUGAGCCUGCACCUGUUGUUAUACUAACCAAGUAGUCUAAAAUAGCUUUUUUUGUAUGUUGCCAGUAAUAAUAAGAUAGUUUAAAUAGCAGAAGACCCUGACUGAACCUUGAACUAUUGAAAGGUCAAUAAAGGAGGCUGGAUAAGUGCUCAGUAGGGCUGUAUUUGUUUUAGUCUUUUGCUGUCUGAGACUCUGAUACUGACGUGAUGAGAUCCAAGCUGUAGUCUCCA